AUUCCGUUCUCGGCAUCACACCGUGUAGCAUUGCCAACGACGACCCAGCGCACCCGACCGCACACCACCUGACCGACGACCGCUCUCUACGCGAGAAUAUACACACAUUCGUCGCGACCGACGACGACUGGCUACCCCCCGCAAAGAUCACCGACACAUCUCCACCACCACCACGACGACUACGACUACGACGACUACGUUGACGCUUACGAUUAGGGCGAACGUUACGACAACGAAAACAAAUACGAUCGCCACGAAGAGUACGACGACAACGACAACGACAACCACCGGGACGAUAACUGAUACGCCGACUUGUAACGGAAACGCGCGGGUCACACACAUCGUUACCGUCACGCGUCCUCUUUCGACGUUGACACCGUUCUCCGAUUGUGGAGCAUCGCCGAGUCGUUCGUUACGUGGUACCCGGUGAAAGUUGGAGGAUUUUUCUACCCAUCGCCAAAAAACACUGAAACCCUAAAACGUCGUACCGCGCAAUUUGUAUCGCUCGUGUUUCUGGUGGUUCCAACAGAUUUGUUGAGUAAAGAGGAAUAUUAAUAACCGCGAAGGGUAUAAGCAGACGCGGACGUGUGAGUUCGAAAGUUGUUACAGCGAAGUUCGUAAAAGAGUCGCGUGAUAAAUCGUCGACGUUGACGCAACAGAUCCCCCGUUAACGCGCGCUUAAAACCAAGUGACUUGAGAAAACAAAAUAAAAAACGAAAAAAACGAAAAACAUCCGACCAAAGAAAAGGAGGAGAUAAAGCGAAAUAAAAAAAAACCAAAACAAAACCAAAACAAAACAAGCAAAUAAUAAACGAGGAAAUCUUCAGUGAAAACAACAGGUACUCCCAAGUGGCGAGUACCUAACGCGAAAAACGAGAGGACGACUGAAACUCGCAACGAGUUUCAUUCAACCCCCUUCAAAUAACACCACUACUGUCACCCGUUGAUAGUAAUUGGAAUUUAUUCGGAUAACUUAGUACUUGACAAGUACUAAGUUCCGCCAACUCGCCCCAAAGUGUACACAACGGCAGUCACCACGUACAUCACACCCCUCAUCACCUCUGAGAAGAUGGUGACUAGGACAAAGAAGAUAUUCGUGGGAGGGCUAUCGGCGCCGACGACACUCGAAGACGUGAAAAACUACUUCGAACAGUUCGGCCCGAUCGAAGACGCCAUGCUGAUGUUCGACAAGCAGACAAACAGGCACAGAGGAUUCGGCUUCGUCACAUUUCAAAGCGAGGAUGUCGUGGACAAAGUGUGCGAAAUCCACUUCCACGAAAUAAAUAACAAAAUGGUUGAGUGCAAGAAAGCCCAGCCGAAAGAAGUGAUGCUACCGGCGAACCUGGCGAAGACGCGGGCGGCAGGUCGAGGUGCAUACGAUUUUAUGUGGUCCCUGGGAGGAUUACCCGACGGAUUCCCAGCGGCGGCGUAUGCGGCGUACGCAGCGGGGCGCAGCUACUCAGGGUACCCUAGUUUCGGCCUCCCCUACCCAACAGGGUUGCCCGUCUACUACCCGGGAAGCGGAAACGACGGUGUUCAGGGCCGCGCAUAUUCGGAGGCGACGAUGCAACACAUUCAACAAAAUCUGCAGCGUAAGAAAUUGGAUUUGACCAAUGGGCAGCUAACACCAAACAACAAUACGCCGCUACUUACACAAGCGCUUUCUGUGAUGAAUAACUACCAAGCGGCAGCGCAAGCCGGAUUCCCGCCAGCGUCACCGCAUGGGGCAGGUGGACACGGUGGACCUCAAAACCGCUCUUUCCCGGCAGCAAAUUCGCCCGGACCAAUCGACAUGUACAGUUCGAGUGCGGCGGCCGCAGCUGCAGCCGCAGCAGCGGACAGUGCAGUUGCUAGUUACGUCCAGGCGGCAGCCAGCCCGCAGCCACCUACAACAGCAUUUCCCGCAAUCGCAGUUUCCCGCGCCCCGCUCAACUACAGCCCCGGUCCUCUGAUACCAGCGGCGUUCACUAAUGGCUACCAUUGAGCCUUGUUAAGACCUAACAACAGGAUGAUGGAAGAGAGGGCAGAAUGCAGCACGGUCGACUAACGGCAAGAUUACACCAAAACAUAAUCAUCACACAAGGAGAACAUAUUAUAUAAGUAUACACCAGAUAUUGAAUAAAAAGAAACACACAGGAGAAAAUAGAAAAAAAAAAAAAAAAAUUUGAAUCGAGAAUCUAUGAAUAGAAAAAAAAAUUAUAUAUAUACAUAUAUAAUAUAAUGAACGUUGAACUACAUCAAAUUUGGACACGAUCGAGUAUAUAUAAGUGUGUCGUAAUUUUGACGAAAAAAAAAAACAUACACACGCACACAAAGAAAAACCUAGAAAAGACUAGAAUAAAAAAAGAAUGUGACGCGAAAGCGCGGAUAGGACGGGUGGACUCCGUCGCAAUAUACAAAAACAAGGGACAGAUGAUGAAUUUUGUAAUCGAUUCAAUAAGAUCAGUACACCGCGACAGAAAAUUGAAAAAAAAAAAAUGAAAUUUGUAAUUGGAACUUGAAAUGAGAAAGUUAUUCUACUAGGUAAAUCGACGGAA